CUAACCACACCUCCAGAUCAAAUGAGAGCCGUCGUUCAAGAGCUCUACCAACUGAUAGUAUGCACCGGAGCCCAUGAAGGCCAAGUCACCAUCGACACAAUGCAACGGCAUAUCACCCACCUCCUUACCCACCUCCUCCAACUCUCCCGCACCGCCCCCACCGUGACGGUGCAGCUCCCUCCCGAAGUGAUUGACUACGUGCAAAGCGGCCGCAACCCGGACAUCUACACGCGGGAGUUCGUCGAGCUGGCGCAGCGGAUGAACCAGACACUGAAGGGACGGUCGGAUGCGUAUGCGCGGUUUCGCGAUAUCUUGGCGCGGGAAGUCGUCGGGGCGAUGCCGGAGUUGGAGAGGGGCGCGGGGAGGGUGGUUGUAGGUACUGGGGGGUACUGGAGUGCGACGAGGACGGCAGAGGGGUGA